UAUAUUUAUACGAAAAACUGAUGUGGUGCUUGUCAUGUGUUCGUAACAUACAUUUAAAACAUAAAAAUAAAAUAAAACUCCACGUUGUGUGUGUAGUAGAAAAACAAUUUGCCCGUAUGUUUUUCUACCAUUAACAAGUCGUAGAGGAACUCAAAGUACACAUUAGUGCAUUUGUAGCAGUUGCGAUAAAAGAAAAUAUGGUUUUUGCUGCUUUGUUUGGUCAGUCGGACAAUUAUCAUCAGUCGGAUAUAAGUGUCGAACUGUUCUGACCGGCUUAACUUCAAGUGACAGUUCAUUCUUUUUAUCACAAAUUUGUGCAUUCAAACCAAUUACCUUCAAAGGUAUUAUAUCGAUUGUCUUUUGUACAAUUGAAUGAAUAAAUCGACACAAAGGCACUGGGAAUACGUGUAGCCUUUAUUAACAUUUAAGAGAGAGAAAAACAAUGAAACUAAAUCUCGCCAAUGGAUCGAAAGCUUCUAGUAGAACAACCGUUCUGGAAAACAGUACUCCAGCCGGUGACGAUGACUUUGAGCUUUGGGAUCAAAAUCAAAUGCUUCGAUCGGAACAGCAAAAUGCUUACAACGGCUCAAGGUGGGGUCAUGGUGGUUGGUGUAAGCCGUCGUGCAUUCCAAUAACAGUGAUAUUAACGCUCAUAGUCUUAGUUGUAUUACUUCCGCUCUUAGAACAUAAUAACGAUAAAAAUUCAUCAAAUGCCAAAGGAAAUAGCACGCCAUAUGUCUGCUCGGAUAUGUGCAGAAUAAAACUAGUGGAAAGUAUACCGGAGGGAUUGGUCUAUCCCCCGGAUAGUCCAAAUUUUCCAAGCACAUACGACGCAUGGUCCGAACUUUUGUCUUUGGCAAAUAGCACAUUGGACAUUGCAUCAUUUUACUGGUCGUUGAGAAGCGGUGAUGUCUACAAUCAUUCGUCGUCGUGGCAGGGUGAAAAGAUCUUCCAGUCAAUUUUAAAUGCUGGCACUCAGCAAGGACUUAAAAUUCGAAUAGCACAAAGUGCGCCGACACAACAACAGCCCAAUUUAGAUACGGAAAUUUUAAUUAAGCGCAAUGCUGCCAUUGUACGAUCAGUUAAUUUUCCACGUUUAGUUGGUGGUGGUGUGUUGCAUACAAAACUGUGGAUUGCCGAUGGAAAGCACAUGUAUGUUGGUAGCGCCAAUAUGGACUGGCGCUCCUUGACGCAGGUUAAAGAGCUCGGUGUUCUCGUUACGAAUUGCUCCUGUUUAGUCAGCGAUGUUGCAAAAAUUUUCGAAGUUUAUUGGAUGAUGGGAAAGGACGAUAGUCGUAUACCACCAGUAUGGCCAAAAAAUCUCAGCUCCUUGUACAACAUUAGCACACCGCUCAAAAUUGACUUCGACGAUGAAGUCAAGUUCAACACGUAUUUAUCGAGUUCACCACCACCAAUGAGUACUAAAUACCGUGUAGAUGACAUCGAUGCAAUACUUAACGUAAUACAAAAUGCCGAAAAAUUUAUCCACAUAGCCGUUAUGGAUUAUUUCCCGUUGACCAUUUAUACGCCAAAAUUGAGGUACUGGCCAGUCAUCGACAAUGCACUCAGAGUCGCUGCUGUUGAAAAUCGAGUAUCCGUAAAACUGUUGGUGUCGUGGUGGAACCAUUCUGCCCCAUCGGAAGAUUUCUUUUUGCGAUCCAUCGAAGCCCUAUCGGAUGCGUACAGCGGCGUCGAUGUUCAAGUGAAACGUUUCAUUGUACCAUCGACAGAAGAUCAAGCGAAAAUUCCCUUCGGUCGAGUUAAUCACAACAAGUACAUGGUGACUGAACGAACGGCUUACGUAGGGACGUCGAAUUGGUCGGGCGAUUAUUUUAUUAACACUGCCGGAAUUGGUCUUAUUCUCCAAGAUAGUGAACAUGAACGGAAUGAUAGUGUGUCGACAAUUCGAAGCGAUUUAGCUAGCAUAUUCGAAAGAGAUUGGAGUAGUAUGUACGCAGUGGAGUUACGUAGAAAUUAAGUAAGUCGAGUCGAAAUUUACGUUUUUUUAAAAUUUUUCGUUUCUUUUAAUCAUUGAUUUAUUAACUGCAAUUGGUAUAAGAAUAGAUACGCAUCUCAUCCUUUU